AUGCGGAACCAAGAAAACCAGACUACUUCAGUGACUUUCAUCCUCUUGGGCUUCUCUGAAUACCCGGACCUCCAGGUGCCCCUUUUCCUUGUAUUCCUGACCAUAUACACAGUCACUGUGCUGGGAAACCUGGGCAUGAUUGCCAUCAUCAGAGUCAACACAAAGCUCCGCAGUACCCCCAUGUACUAUUUUCUUAGUCACCUGUCCUUUGUGGAUUUCUGUUACUCUACUGUUGUGACACCCAAACUGUUGGAAAACUUGAUUUUAGAAGACAGAACCAUCUCCUUCUCAGGCUGCAUCAUGCAGUUCUUUUUUGCAUGUACAUUUGUGGUGACAGAAACCUAUAUGUUGGCAGUGAUGGCCUAUGACCGGUUUGUUGCAGUGUGUAAUCCUCUCCUCUACAUGGUUGCCAUGUCCCCAAAGUUGUGUUCCUUUUUAGUGGGUGCAUCAUACUCUUGGGGUCUAAUCUGUUCCCUGACACUUACUUACUUUUUGCUGAGAUUAUCUUUUCAAGGUGUUAAUGUUAUAAAUAACUUUGUGUGUGAGCAUGCUGCUAUUGUGGCUGUAUCCUGCUCUGACUCUUACAUUAACCAGGAGAUUAUUUUUGUCUCUGCUACGUUUAAUGAAAUAAGCAGCCUGGUCAUCAUUCUCACUUCCUAUGUUUUCAUCUUUAUCACUGUCAUGAAGAUGCCUUCCAUCGGGGGCCGUAGUAAAGCCUUCUCUACAUGUGCCUCUCACCUGACUGCCAUUACUAUUUUCCACGGAACAAUUCUUUUUCUUUACUGUGUACCAAACACCAAGAGUUCAUGGCUCAUGGUCAAGGUGGCCUCAGUAUUCUAUACAGUCUUCAUCCCUAUGUUAAAUCCCCUGAUCUAUAGUCUCAGGAACAAAGAUGUCAAAGAGACAGUUAGGAAACUGAUUAUUAAAAACCUAUAG